CCUGAGCAGACACUUGGGGGAAGCUCUCCAGAGAGAAACCCAGAGAUGAGGGACGCACAAUUCUUGCCUUUAAUAGUACAGGCUUGUUCAGGACAAGGAGCAAGCAGCACCUGGCUCCUGGAAGGUCACCUUAGAAUUUUUCCUGAUGAGAAGAGUGGAAUACAUGCCCCUUCAGAGAAGGCAUUGCAGGUCUACCUCCAGAGGGCCUGAGACCAGUGCUUAUCUCCCUGACACUGGUGUUCCGAACCCUGCCUGGAGGAACGAUUAGAGUGGGGAGUAUGGGUUGAGGUGGGAGCAGGUUCAGAAAGGGCUCAGCAGUAGACAGACAAGCUUGGAGACCUGUACAUGGACACAGAGUCUCCUUUCAUCUGAGAGAGCAGAGCUUCUACCCUCUGGCAGUAUAUCCAAAGAUUCUAAGCCACAGACCCUGCAGGGGCCAUCAGUGUUAUAUUUACAGAUGGGAACAGGCUCAGAAAGGAGAAAAGCCUAAGCUUUUAUCUCUAGUCAUGGGCUUAGGAUGGUUCUUUCUGGGGCAGACUCCAAAGCUCUUUUCAGCUCCACAGUUUGCCCAAGUCAAGGACAGUAACUACUCGUGUUUUUUUUUUUUUUUUUUUUUUUUUUUUUGUGUGUGUGUGUGUGUGUGUGUGUGUGUACAUGUAUGUACAAAUCUCUUAGAGGGCAAGCAUGGGGCCUAUGUUCCUAUUGCAGGCAAGUUUUGGUUACCUAGUGUUGAUUGGUAUUCAGCUAGGGUAUACCUCACCUGCUCAGAGGAAGUGGAUUUUUUGUUUUGUUUUUGUUUUUCGAGACAGGGUUUCUCUGUGGCUUUGGAGGCUGUCCUGGAGCUAGCUCUUGUAGACCAGACUGGUAUCGAAUUCCUAGAGAUCCUCCUGCCUCUGCCUCCCAAGUGCUGGGAUUAAAGGCUGCACCACCACUGCCCGGCCUAGCUAAGACAUCCCUGGGUGGGCGAGGAAGUGGAAAUAGUCAUUGUGUUGCAUGUAUAUUUCUCUUAGCUUUAACAUGUAACUCUGAGGGCUGGUCUUUACAUGUGACCCAUGCCAGCUGGGUAAAGCAUCCUGGACAAACCAUAGUAAGGGCCUUAGAAAAGUGAUUAAUGCUACCAUCAUGUUUUUGUUUUUUUAAUUAAUGUCCUAUGCAUUGGUGUUUUGCCUACAUGUAUGUGUGUGGGGUCAUACAGAUUCCGAUUGCCUGAAACAGGGGUUACAAACAAGUUGUGAUCUGUCUUGUGGGUGCUGAGAAUUGCACUCAGGACCUCUGGAAGAGCAGCCAGUGCUCCUAACUGCCAAGCCAUCUCUCCAGCCCCUGCCAUCAUAUUUUGUUGAAAGCAUUCAGACCCAGUAAAGGAAGCCACUUGUGCCAAGUCACACAGCUACUUUAGGGACAACUGAGUGAAAGGAAGGGGGGUGGGGAGUCAUUGACCUAGCAGUAGUCAGACUUCUAUAAACAAGGGGAGGGAUGGCUCGGGAGGUAAAGCCACUUGCCGUCAAACUAGUGCUGGAAGGAGAGAACCAACUUCCACAAGUUGUCUCUGACCGACUCGCCACGUACACAUUGUCUAACUUGAUCUACCGUAACCUGGGGGUGUGGUGGUGUUAUGACACUGUUGUGUACAGAAGGGACACUGUAGCUGCAGUGUGCUCUGGGAGAGCACAGACUUUAAAUGUUAGGGCAGUGUGAGAUGGAAUGUGCGUGAGCAGAGCGUCUCACCAUAAGUGUGCCCGUGACUGGUGCAGUGUGCCAUGUGCUGUGCCCUUGGAGGUGGUAAGCAGCCUCCUCUGGAGCUUAGGGACAGACUGCAGCCAAGUAGAACAGGAAGCACAUGGACUUGCUGAGACAGUCCUUGCAUUGGUUUCUUCUGGAGUAAAUUCAAGAGAGAGAGUUUUAAGUUUCCUCCUGUGUCCCCUCCCCCCCUCCCCACACCUGAUCAAUUGUCAAAUCAGCGUGGGAAAAGCCAUUGGCUGCAUGCAAACCAGAUUCCAGCCCCCAUAAGGGCAGUUGCCAGUUCCCAGCUCUUGAGCAAUGUCCCACCAACAUGGGCCCCAGUACAGGAUGGACAGCUGCUGUUUCUCCCAAAUACCUGGAGUAGAUCAUUAUAUUUAAUCUUAGAAAACAACCCCUAGGCUUGAUUGUGGUAUCUCCUCUAUGAGGUGGUGGCACUGGCCUUUAAUCCAUGCACACAAGAGGCAGAGUUAAGAGGAUCUCUUUGAGUUCAAAUCUAGUCUGAUCUACAUAGCUAGUUCCAGGGCUAUGAAGAGAGACCCUGCCUCAAACUAAUAAGGCAUCUGAAGCACAGAGAGAUAACUAACUUACUUGCCCAGGGUCAUCCUGCUCUAAUAAAAAUAGUUGUUUAAAUCAUGGCACACACCUUUAAUGCCAUCAUUCAGGAGACUGGGGUAGGUGAAUCUCUGAGUUUGAGGCUGGCCUGGUCUACAGAGUGAGUUCUAGUACAGCCAGGGCUACACAGAGAAACCCUGUCUCAAAAAACCAAAAAUGACAAAAAUCAUUUAAAGCAAAGGUUGCAGGAAAUGCCAGUGGCCACCAGGGGGCGGUACUGCCAGCUGCUUGCCUGUUUUCCAGAAGGGUUCCUUCAACUCUGAGCUGGCUGCCCCUUUGCAGCCCCCAGAGCUUACAAAGGAAGAGGAGUCAACCCUCUCUUGUCUGUGUCCCCUCCUCUGUGUGGUAACUUGCUAGCUGGAGAAGCCUGAGCCUGAAGUUCUCAGCCUAAGCCCCAUGUGGGUUACUUCCCAACUGCCUUGGCUGGAUCAUAAUGAAGCUCAGCAGCCCCAGGGAUGUCAUUCCAUAUCUGCCGGCCUGGGGCCUGCUGAUGAAGGGGCUGAUACUCCUCCUACAGACAGGCGCCGUUGAGGCAGGCCCCACACCUUGCCCUCCCCAGCCCUGCCUGUGAGCCUGAGUGGGCCUGAAUGGUGCCCCAUGCGCCGCUCCGACAGGCGCAUAAUGAUUAUUGCCACCAUUUGCUAGCUCCCUGCCCGGUACUUGACAGCCAUUAUCUGCCUCAGCACUCCCAGCCACCUCGUGAGGUCAGGGCCAUUAUCUGCCUUUUACUGCUGGGUAUUGCCGCUCUGAGAGGUGAAGUGUUGGCCCAAAGGUCACUGCUGGUGUGAGGGGGAGGCCAGAGCCCAGAUCGGCCUCAUUCUGGACUGUGCUUUCUAUAGAGGCCGAUUUCCUCUUCCACAGCAGUCCCAGGAGCCCUUGACAUCCCUCUCCCUCUUCCCAGCCCACCCUACCCUAGAGCCUGCCCAUUUCCCUAUUGAAGAAUGUCAGCUCUUUGCCCUCAGUAACACCCCCUCCUCCAGGUCAGAGAGCAACUUCCUGUCCCAGACAAGUUAUAAUAAAGAUGCAAGAACACCUACCUCUCGGCCUCUCACCCCAUGCCUGAGUGAUGCUCAAGUGGCAGGAAUGGUCCUGGUUCACUCACUGAAGCAUAGGUUGUGUGUGUGUGUGUGUGUGUGUGUGUGUGUGUACGCGUACGCACGUGCGCGUGUGCGUGUUUUCAUGUUUGAAUCCACAUGUGUGAAUACAUGCUUAUGUAAGUGUGUGUACUUGUGGAGGCCCCUGAUUUGAGGUCAGAUCAGUGAGACAGGUUCUCAAAUCAAACCCAGAGCUCUCUGAUAAUGGCUACUUUUGCUAGCCAGCUUGCCUUGGGGAUUCCAUCUCCAUCUUCCAAGGCUGCCAGCCCACCCAGCAUUUAUGUGGGUUCUGGCACUUCCUAGGGUUGCUUAGCAGAUUGGAGGUUGAGGGACAGGUCAGAAGGGUGGGGAGGUUCCUCAGUCUCUGCUUAGGAUCAAUUCUGUCCCGUAUCCUGGGCAACACUCACCUGGGAUCGAGCUUCCUAGCCAGGUGCUGUUGGAUUUGGGCCCUGCGGGUCUCCCAUAGAUGUUUUUUUCUCAUCACAUGCCUGGCUUGUCCCUGUUGUCGCUCUCCGGGUAGUGUUGAUUUGAGAUAGAUGGCAGAUGUGAGCCUGUGCCUGCCCAGGCUUUCUCAUCCUAGCAGAAGUGGACCCCUUGUCAUUGUCCUGUGGUCUAGAUUGCUGCGGACCUCAGGUCCCAGUACAACUUGUGCUUAAGGCAAUGGGGAGAAAAGGAGCUUUGGAGUCAGGUUCUGGGGUUCUUGGUGAGCAAGACACUACCUUCCCUGAGCCUCGCUUUCCUCUUUAACAUGGGAACAAAACUCCUUACCUCAGAGUGGUGUUGAGAAGCCAGCUGGUAGACACAUGGCAGCUGGACACUGCGCAUAGAUCCAGAGGAACUUUCCUCCUCCCUUCCCUCUGCUCUGACCAAGUUGCCAAGAAACAGCUGCCCUCCCACCCCCCCUUGCCCAUGCCUGCUGAACUGGAAUAUUCCCUUCCUUCCUGUAUGCUUGCUUACCAGUUGCAGCUCACCAUCUACCCUCGGCCCUCUGCCCAAGUGGCUUUGUACAUAGUGGCUCUGCCAAGGUCUUAAACUGUUUCUUACUGUCACCAGGCAAGUGCCCAAGCCUGGUGCUGUUUGAGCCCUGCUGUGCUUCAGUUCAGGCCAGCCCUCCUCCCCUGGACCCCCAGGUCUACAUCCAUUGGUCACAGCCACUUUAAGUAUCACAUCCACCAACAGGCAUAUGAUAGCCUGGCCUCAGGAAACAGCCCCAGGCUGACCUCUCAUGGCUCCUAAUGUGUCCCACAAGGAGUCCAGUGGAGUCUGUCUCAGCUUGGGUUCCUCUGAGUGUGUGUGUGUGUGUGUGUGUGUGUGUGUGUGUGUGUGUAGGGCACUCCUGAGGGUGGGCAGUCUAGCCGAGUCUCUACUUCCUGCCCUCCAGGAUGGGAGGUUGUCUCAGUGAGAUACCCUCCAGGAUGGGGAGGAGGAGGCAGCUGCUGUGUGUGAAUGGGAGCAGAUGGUGAACGAGUGGCCAUCUCUCAUCCGGGCUAGCCACAGGGGGGAUGACUCUGCUGGGCAAAUAAGCAGACACACCCACACCACUCCCCAGCUGCCCCCUGAAGCAUUAAGAGAAAUCGCCCACCAACUUGGGGCCUGGGGGAGGGGAAACUGGGCUUAGGCUCUGGCCAGGGCCUCCAAGCCCCACCAGCUGCCACUUCCUGUGUGACACUGGGAACUCUGAUCAUCUAUUUUUUCUGCAGCAUGGGCACUACUGACUCGGCGAGCCACUUCUCUUCCUUUCCUUGAAGGGAAGUAUGUGAUGCCAGCAACAGUACAGGAGGUCCUGCAUUGCACUGAGUGGAAGAUCAGGUUUUCCUUUGGCAUUUGAGAAAAUUGGAUUCAGUUCUGGAAUUUAUAGCUAUAUGACCACAGUUGUCACCAAAUCCACCUGGCAGUAAAUCUUAAAAACUGUGCCUUCCCCUGGGUUGAAGGUGCCCAGAGCUUGUGUUUACAUGUGUGCUGUUGGCCCUGUGCCUUUCUGCAGUGCACAGUAAAUACAGCUGUACCCAGCAGCCAUGUAUGUACGUGGCCUUGGGAAGUCAGGGUUUCUCAAUCUCACUGAGCUUCAGUUUGCCACCCCCACCCCUUAAAAUGGGAUUAUACAGUUAUUACUCAUUUCCACCUGUUGCCAGAGCUGUUAGGAGGCUCAUAGCCAUUGGAAUUCUCAGGCAGUUAAGGCUUCCUAUAGGUUCCCAUGGCAACCAGAGAGUGCUACACCCAUUUACAAGCUUUGCAGGUUGAAAAUGCAGAUCAUACCUCUCUCAAGGUCACACAGAUGGGACUUGGUGUGUUCAGGCUUUCUGGGCCUUGUUUGGUUUAGGCCUGCGGGCUCACAGGCAGGAGUCCUGGGAGGACCACAUCUCUAGUAGACUUGACCUUAAUGGGUACCUGGAGUCACAGUGAGGUCACCUAGGUAUAGCCUUUAAGCCAAAUCUGCUGGCCAAAAGGAAUAGUAUCAGUCUCUUUGGGAAGCUUGGCAUGCCCCAGCAUCUAGCAGGCCCCCUCCCGACUUCCAGCAGUGGGGGUAAGGGACCGUUGUGUUGGGAGUAGGAUUGGUCUAUAGCCAGAGCUGGAAAGGACUGGCUGGGGCUUGACACAGCCAGUCUCAAGAGUUGUUAGCCACAGUUGUUAAUAUCCAAUGCUGUGGAUAUCAGUGCUUGGAACAAGCCCUGGCACUCUCUGGAUUCCCUCUAGACAUGGUAGCAUUCACUGACUUCCAGGCCUUGUCUGAGCAUUGGGCAUACAGUUUAUGCUGUUGGCCUCUGGCAGGCUGGCUCAGGGGGUAGAAGUAGUUGUAAUUCCAGGGUUCAGGAGCCCCUGAAAGUUACUGGAAAAUACUGAAAUCUGCAGCAAAACUUUUUCACCCAUCUGCAGCACAGAAGCUGAGACUCUAGUCAUGUGACUUUUAAAAGAUGAAGCUGGCACCAAAUCUAGGGGCAGCCUAGCUUGAAGCCUUGAGCUCUGGUCGUCUCUCCCACUUCUGUGUAGAGCUUUGAGGUCCUAGCUAAAUGGUGCACUCAGCAGGGGCUAGAUCAUGACCUUGAGUGCCAGCCAGGUAGUCUGGCUUUCCUCUGAGGUUUGGAGCAGCAGCUAGUUGUCCUUAGAUGGUGAUGCAGCCAGGUCCAGAAGGUGCUAUGGCUUGGAAGGCCCUGGAAGUAUGCUGGCUUGCCAGAGAGGUGGCCUUGGAGUAGGGGAAGCCCAAACAAGAGUCACAAAGUGUAGAAGCAAGGCGUACAGGGUGCUGAGGACAAGCCUCCAGAUUCAUGGUGCAAGCUUGAGGUACCAGGAGUACAACUAAGGUCCAACUUGUAGCAGCUUCAGUGCAGGCUGAUGAGGUCAUACUCCCUACAACAGGGGACUGAACUGGCCCCAGGUUGGCCAGGGGCAGUAGUGGGAAUGGAAAGGAGUGGGGUUGGAUAGGGCCAGACUCAAGGGACAGGACCUAUUAUCUAUGUCCUCUUUCCCACAGUGGAACUGCUUCAUCCUGACAGGCAGAUGGACAGCUAGCUACUGGGCAGAAGAGGCAGCAGGAGUGGAAGCCUCUUCCCCUCCCCAGAGCCCAGCCACACCUUAGGGAAGACAAGAGCCACCUUGAGUCAGAAAGGGUUCCUCUAGCCCAGUCCACCCUAAAGCCAAAUCAAAUCCCAGCACAGUCUUAUAUGCUCCCACGUCAUCCCAGACCGAACCCAAAUCAUAAACCCAGCCCCACCCUACCUCCAACCUCACCGCAAACUCUUCUCAAUUGUAACCCCACAAGGAAUCCGAACCCAGCCCAGCGGCCUCCAUGUCAUUAGUCUCCACCUCAAGCUCUUUCCUACCCCAGCAUCCACUUCCAAACCCAACCCUAACACUCACUACCCCCCAAAGCCCAGCCUGGUCCUCAUGUUAGCCCCCCCCCCAGUGCACCUCAAUACCCCCAAAGCCCAGCCUGGUCCUCAUGUUAGCCCCCCCAGUGCACCUCAAUACCCCCAAAGCCCAGCCUGGUCCUCAUGUUAGUCCGGCACCCCCCCCCCAGUGCACCUCGGAACAGUCCCCUGCUCCUUCUGCUCCACCACACAAUUCCUCCCAGUCACAGCAUCAGUGACCUCACCUCCAAACCAGCUCCCUGGUACCCUGCAACUGCAUGUCCCUGCUCAUGCGCACCCUUCCUAGGCCCUUAACCCCACCUAACACUCGGCAGAGGCCAGCAUGGAGAGUGCAUGAAAGUGCACAUGCACUUGUCUGCAGGCACACAGACACCACUGCUCCCUGAAGAACACACCCACCUCCUCACAUGUCUAAACAGACACGCGUCAGGACAUGCACACACUCCUAGCAGAUAUACACAUACCCAUGUACACACAGACACCUCAGCACACACACACAUCCAUCCUUAACGUAGGCGCAUAUACUCUUUGGGGGACACACACAUAUAAUCAAGCAUGUACACACACCCCAGUGCACUCAGGCAUACAUGGGCACACAUCAGCACACUCAGUGCGUACACACACAAACAUACACUCCAGUACACAUACAAACACGCUUUUGCACAAAGCCCUUUCAGGGUGCCUCCAUACAUCCUUCAAUACACAAUCAACAUACAUACUCAUAUACAUCUCAGUGUACAUGCACAUAUUCCUUCAGUGUACACAUACACGCUUCUAUGAAUAUAUAAGGCACAUCUCAGUACAUGCAGGGAUUUGCACGUGACCCCACGGUGGGUGCGGGUCUAGCUUAGGACAGCAUGGCGGGACCAAAUGUUUCCUCCCCUGCCCCUGGGUUAGGUACUUUCUAGUCCCUUCUUCCCUGGCUCCUCUCCCUCCAGGCCCUUCAGUACUGACUCUCCCAUCCAGGGAUGUUGUCCCUUGCCCUGGCUAUCCGGGUGUACAGUCAGUGCAGUGGAGCAGCAGGAAGAAAAGGAGGCCCCAGGACAACUUUCUCUGGGGCCCUGGGGCUCAUACACCCUAGUCCUGCCGUGAGCCACGCUGCAUUAGGCAUGCUCAAUCCCAACAGGGGUCAGGUUGGAGGGGCCCAGAUCCACAUAGAUCCGUCUCAGCCACUGAUAGCGGGGGGUAGGGCAGGACAGAGGGGUCAUGCCACCUGAGGACCUGCUGUAACUGUGCUAGGCAGGCCGCCAUCAGAGGAGACAGUGGGGACAGGAGCUGCUGCUGGUGGUUAGGUAACAGCCCCUUCAUCAAGGGCUUCUUGUGUUUCAGGAACUGGAGUCCUCAUAGACUCCCUAGCAUGGGGUAUCUUUCAACCAGGGAGAUGCUCACAUUGGUCUCCAUAGAGAAACUGAUGGGAAACAUCUGCCCAUGACUGGCAGGUGGUGGGAUUUGAAUGCAUGCCUGAGGAUGGCAGAGUUGAAUCUCAGAGACCAAGCCUGGCGUCUGGGUCCUGUGUUCCCAACCUCCCUGUUCUCUUUUAUCUGGGCACGCUUACUCUUCGUAUCCCCCUGAGCAUUCUAGGUCCAGCUCACUUCUUGCUCCUAACACAGGCUCUGUGGACAAAAGUACCCCAUUCUCAGGCCUCUGUAUUGGUUUGAUCUCCUGUCCCUGGUGGGAGAUGCCUCCUUCAUGCUCCCACGCCCAUGUUAAAUGGCCAUGUCUCUGUUGUCAUUGUCGUCAUAGUCACCUUUCUGGGCCUCUUUCUUCAAGGGCAGGGCUGGGUCUGCAGGGCCUGGCCCAGAGUAAAUGUAGGACCCAGCCCAGCUGUGGGUCAAAGUAGUGCCUGGGGAGGGGCUGAGACUCUGUUGAUCUCUUAUCUCUCAGGCUCCCUUGGUCUUAUCUGAUGGGGCUCAACAGGCAGCAGAUGAGGCUGACAAGGUCCCAGGGUUACUCAGUAACCCUGGCCUCUUUAAAAGUCCCACUGUUUACCCCCGACACUCAGCAUGAGCCACUUCUCUGCCCGGCACACUGCUGCCAUGAAUGCCUGUUUGCUCUCUCUGCUGUGCCUCCUGGGCGCCUUGGCUGUCCUGAUAGAGGGGGUCACUGUGCAGGUAUGGCCCCAUCCCAACUUGUUCUGGCCCAUCCUUGGAAUCCUGAAAUGAGGGAUGGGCUUCCUCUGGGACCCCCAAGUCCUACUAGCCACGCAAUUUUCCCCUUCAAACAUGGAGGAGAAAAAAAAAAUAACAGAGAGACAGCAAGAAAUAACAGCUGGGAUAGACAGUGAUGGAGUGCCUGGAGUCUGGCUCUUGCCAUGUCCCACUGCAACCCGCCGUUGCAGCAUUGGGGAGGAGGGGUUGCUGGUGGCAUUUCACAGAAUAGAAAUGUGAGCUUCACAAAGGUUCCAAAACAGCCGAAGCUGGUGGCUGGGAAGGAAGAUGGCUGGUUCCCCCAUUUUGUACUUGCCUGGAGCACCAGGCUUUGUCCCAGGCAUUAACUGCACUUCAUGGAGACCUAGAUGGUUGGGCAUAUCUAUCGGCGUCUCAGCAAGUGGGGUCCUGCUUGCCCAGGGAGGUAUCUGGGAUCCUUUUAUUGCUUCUUGAGGUGGAGGCCCCCUGACAAGAGAAGGGCCUGGGCCAGCUUGUUGGCAGGUCAGCCACUGCAUUCCUGGCUGUCCUCAGCUGCUUCCCUACUCCCCACAUGGUAGUGUGUAGAAUUCCGGGCCUCUUGAAAGCCCAGGGACACAGAGGUCUGACGUCAUGCUGCCCCACAGAUUGUCUCAAGCAAGCUGCCCAGGCUGGGGCCUCCUGCAGCCUGGCCUCAUGCUCUGGCUGUCUCUUUCAGGAUGGAGACCUUUCCUUUCCCCUGGAGUCAGUGAAACAGCUUAAGGACCUCAAGGAGGUACCAGAGCCCCUGCUGGUGAGUCACAAGAGGUUUGCUCCCAGGCCUCUUGUGCAUGUGCCGCCACAGCUGUGCAGCCACCCUGCAUUUCCAGAAGCACUGAGGCCCCUCUGCAAGAAACCCAAUGCUGAGGAGAUCCUGAAGAGGCUGGAGGCCAUUGCUCAGGACCCAAACACAUGUGAGAUCUGUGCCUAUGCUGCCUGCACUGGGUGUUAGGAUGACGUUGCUUGUCUUCUCAGCCUGCGUGGAAGUCCCUUCUACCUUCUAGAAGCAGGGAUGGGAGGCUGGCAAAGACCCACCCCCAGCAUCUCAACCUACCCUUCCCAGGGCAGGGAGUAAGCUGAGGAGACGGUUACCUGGGAAGUCUUACCUGGGGGCUGUGUUAACCCUCAGCCAAUAUACCAGACUCGUAACCUCGGGGACUGUGCUAACCCUCAGUCAAUAAACCAGACUCCUAACCUUGGGGACUGUGCUCACCCUCAGUGAAUAAUCCAGACUCCUAACCUUGGGCACUGUGCUAAACCUCAGUCAAUAAACCAGACGACUCCAGGACUCUGUUUUGCCUUCGUUCUUUUUCCCGCUGUCAGUCUAGCAGUCCUGUGCUGUGGACACUCAUCUCAGAAAGCUGGGAUUCAGUGUGCAAAGUAGAAGGCUCCACUUCCUUGCCGAGUUCCUCUGCCACACAAUGAUACAGGGACCACCUGAGAGGGUGAAAUCUUGACUUUUCUCACAUAUACCCUGGGGUCACAGAGUCACUAAGCCACGUGUGAGAACAGGAAUCUGUCUGAGCAGGUUUGGGUGUCCCAUACUCACAGGUAUUUGACCUGCCACUCAGGAUCUGGCUCCCUCUGACCAACGGUGUGCCUUCCGCCCUUCCUGUGAUCCCAUUUGAAGCGGUACCUCCAGCCCUCUUCCUGCAUGCCUACUUAGGUUACCAGCCCAUGUUCCAUGGCCGCUUCCCCAUGGCCUUUUCCUUAUCCUCCCCAAGAAGAGUAUUUAUGCCCUGUGGUCAUCUAUAUCUCUUGUACCUCUACCCAUCCUGUUGAUGACUUCCAGGCAUGAGGAAGUUGUUCAUGUCACUUGAAGUUAAUUCUGCCCUCAGUGAUGACUGCUGGAAGAAGAUUGUGGGAGGAAAAUCUGGGACUCCAGGUCUCAGUCUCUGGUCCUCCAGAUCCUGGGUGAUGUUAGGAAAACCACUUCCCUUCUCUGUGUUACAGUUUCCUACUCUGUUACAAUAUCUAGACUGUGUGAAAUGAUGCACUUAAAGCUCUCAGUUCAGGCCUGAUACAGCAGAAGAGGAAUUCUUUAAAUUUUUAAAGAAAACAAACAAAGCAAAAUCAAGGGUCAGACUGAGAAUGGUUCGAGCAGGAGGUGACCAUACACAGCACAGGUUAGCAAGGACAUGGGGGACAGAGAAAGAAAAGGCCACUGGGGUCUGUCUUGGGGAGUGGGAAGAGAAUUGCCACAGUAGGGACUUGAGACAGGCUUCCUGUGUCUGGAAUUCAGAGGAUACCCUCUUCUCGAUAAGGCCAGGACGCUUUGCAAGGAGGAGGGUUUUUCAUUAUUCUGGGAUCUGCAGUGGGACAGAUGGAUUUCAAAAUCAAUAUGAAGUGGGGAAGGAGAGAAACUUCCAGAAGGCAGGGAUGGUGGGAAGACAUAGAGCCACUGGGGUGGAUAGUUCAGUCUACACAGUGUGGAGCGUGGGAGGCAGCCAGGAUGCAGCUUCAGCCUGACUCUGAGAAGCCAUGCCCCUCUCUCUGAGGCUUGCCUUCCUUGUCUGAAAAUGGGAUUGGUGACAAAGAUUCCACCCAGGGUUGCUGAGGGAUUUGACCACCUGUAUGGUGGAUAGAGUCAUUUAAUGCUUCAAUAUUGGAGCCAGAUUCAUUGAGUGUGACUUUGGGCAGUAAGACUCCCUGCCUGCAAAAUGGAGAUCAUAAGAACUACUUUGACCCGUAUGGUGGGACCCACAUGUACUCCCAGGACGAUUGGUGAUGGUGACAGGGUUAGGAAUUCAAAGUCAUCCUCAGCUCCUAGCCUGAAACCCUGCCUUGCAAACAAAGAAACAUGAGAAGAAAAUUUUACUUUGUAGAGUUGAAUGACGAUUAAGCAAAGUGAUACUGAAAGAGUUCUUUUUUUAAAAAAAAAAUAUUUGUUUAAUUUUUAAUGUGUAUUAGUGUUUUAUCUUCAUAUAUUUAUGUGAAACCCAGGGCUCUGUGCGUGCAUUCUACUAAAUGAGCCAUAUCCCAGUCCUAACCCAAGCAUUCUUAAGCAAAAUGAUCAAAGCCAGCACAACACACUGUAAUAGUUUAAAUGAGAAAUGUCCCCUAUAGUCUUGGGCAUCUGAACACUUGUUCCCACUUGGUGACAUUAUAUAGAAAGAUGCAUGGGGUGUGGCUUUACUGGAGGAAGUAUGUCACUGGGGGAGGGCUUUGAGGACUUCUGUUCUUGCCCACUUACACAGUUUGCAUUCUCUGGUUGUGGUAGAGGAUGCGAGCUCUCAGCAUCCUGCUCCAGGGCCAUGCCGCCACUCACCUUCUGCCACUAUUCCCCAUCAUGAGAGGCUUUUACCCCUCAGGAUCCUGGAACUGAAAAACUUCCUUCUGAAUUAUGAAGGCGGGUUAAAGGAAGUCCACAAAUGCCCCGAAUAAAGAAUGACAGAUAUUUAUUUGGGGAACACUCACACAUUGAAGGUAAAUAACCAUAGCAGUCUAAUGCCCCUGGAGGCACAGGGUCUGCGAUGCAAGAUGCUCAAACCACAAACCAAGAGAGCCUGAGUGGGCCCCUCCUCUUCCUUAUAAGGGGUCACGUCAAACACCAAAGCCACACCCUCAAGUCAUUACCUCAAGUCUAUUGGCAGAACAGGAUGCCACUACAAUAAAAAGCUUUGGUCAUGGUAUUUUGUCAUGGUUGGAGAAAUUUAACUAAUAUGCAUACUAUCUUAUCUCAAAGUCUACUACAAAGAUAUAGUUGUCCAAAGAGUAUGGUCCUGACAACAAAGAAAAAAAAAAAAAACAAGCAGAAAUUAAAGUAACAUAUACUACCAGGGAAGAAAAAAAAAAACCCAUCAUUAGUUUACCCAGCUAUGAACCCUGUGGACUACUGGUGCAGUAGUUGCAUGAAUGUUAUGGGAAUAGCCAACCCCUUUCUGAUUGGAUUUAAAGCCCACUCCAUAAGAUGGAACUCAUGCCUGCUAUUGUUAACUGGGCCCAAAACCUCACAGCUGACUAGGUCCUAGACCAUAGGGGGAUAACCUGAUGCUAUUUUUCUGCUAAAUGGAAAUAGUCAUAAACUGCCCCUGAAAUUCUUCUCUUCAUACCCAUGGAUAACUGCAUCUGUUGGCCCUUUUUAUUAUUUAGUAGAUGGUGAUUAAUACAGAAACCAAUAGCCAGUCAUUGUGCAGAGAAUAAGAGACUAUAGAGUUCACUAAAUGGGACAUCUUUAUCACAGCCCCCACUCCAAGGCUCAGAGCUCAUCACAGAUGAGGGGCAGAAAGACGGUAAGAACAGAGGGAAUUGAUAUUUGCCCGACAAGACAGCACAGUUGCCAACAUGAACCAUAGCAGCUGGGACUGCAUGCACAGGCUUGGCACAAAAUCAAGCCAGCCAAAAUCUCAGCAUGGA